CCCCCUGCCUUGAAAAAAUACUUGGAUACACAGCUGACAACAAAACACAAAAAGAAUUGUAUAAAUUUGCUUCCCUAGUUCUAUUUUCUCCGUUUAGCGAAGAAAUCAUGUCGAAUAUGAGAAGGGCUUUGAUGUCCGCGAUUCCUCGAAUUCUCAAUAAUUCAAAGCCCGUUGCUGAUCCUAUUCACUUCUCUCCUAUAGCUUCGCAUAAUACUUACAGGCCAUUUGUGGGUUCAAUUUUUCGGUUCUCUUCUUCUACUACUCGGGAAAAUUAUACAAUUCAAUCUCUAGAUACUCACAUUGAUAUGUCUACUGAAGAAAGCAAGCGCCGCUUGUUUAACAGGCUUGCGUACAGGAGCAAACAGAGGGGGUUUCUUGAGCUGGACCUUGUUUUGGGGAAAUGGGUGGACGAAAAUAUACAUUCCAUGGACGAAACCGCAGUGAGGUCUCUUAUUGAUGUUCUUAACCUGGAAAACCCUGAUCUGUGGAGGUGGCUCUCUGGGCAGGAGCAACCCCCUGAGGCGAUCAGCAACAAUCCUGUGUUCACUGCAGUACACAAAAAAGUUAUGGGCAACCUUGAUAGCUACGCUUCUCCCGAAACAAGGGCAAGCGCUGGGAAGCCAUGGGUGAGAGGCUGGGAUGAUUUCAAGAAAGGCAAAGACAGCCCUAUAGUCGGGAAUCAGUAGCUGGUUUCUCUGCUUGGAAUUAUCUGGUUCUUCUGCAGGGAAGACGGAAUAAAAUGGUGAACUGUAGGAGUAUCUGUAUUUGUAUGUAGAGUAUAAAUAAGAGCACAAGCGAAGCUGUUGGAACUUGUAUCUAUCUUGAUGUGCAACAUCUGUAAAAUUAAAUUUGCAGCUUCCUCUUGAGCAUUGAAAAUAAACUAGAACUAGUAUUAUUUUAAUUUGAAAGAUUAUUAAAGUGGUUCAUU